AUGAAGUGGUCAGAAGAGCACGAUCUCAUGCUAUGCAGAGAAGUUCUUGUCAUGGAACCAUUCAAGCACCCAAAGCAAAGUAGAGAGAGAGGAGAAAUCUGGGGAGAAAUAGCACAAAACUUAAAUGGGCUCAGUGUACCCAAAUUCACUGUAAGAACGCGGUCUGUUAGGGACAGGCUCACUCUUUUGCUGAGGAAGUACAAAGAAAAGGUGAGAAACGAAGAGCAGGGUUCUGGCAUGAAAUGUGACGAGGAAACAGAAUUGGAGAUGGCAUUGUUUGAAAUCAUAGAAAAAGAACAGGCAGCUGAUUUAGAAAGGAAAGAAAACACUAACACUCUUACCAAGAAGAAUGAAAACGACAAGGCGUCAGCCGAAGAAAGUAGGUUGAAGGCCUUGGAGCGCCUGGGCCAAACAAAAAAGAGGAAUGCUGAUUCAUGUGAUGAAGUUAUCAAACUAAAAAGCAGAAGAAGUACCACUGAAGCUGUGCAAAUUCUAAAAGAAAAAUUUGAGAAUGAGAAGGAAUUCCGGAAGGAAGAAAUGGAAUUGAAGAAGAAAGAGCAAGAAAAUAAAGCAGCUCAGCAUCAAAUGCUGAUAGAUCAGCAGAGGCAGAACCAGCAACAGUACUAGACUGCAAAACAGUCGGUUUUUUUCUCAAAAUCAGUAAAGAAAUCGGUAAAGUGUGGCGUAAGAGGCAUACGCGCGCGACGCGCGCGAGCCUCACACGCCCGUAGGGCGUGUGAGGCGAGAGAAAAAAAACCGACUGUCUGUUUUGCAUACAACGAGUUCGUUCCGACCAGGGGGUUCAAAAAUGUCGUCGAGCUGUCAAAAAUCUGUUCACAGCUCCGCCCUCUUUGUGAAUUUGAUACACUCGGUGAUUGGUUUCGAGGGAGAAUAGCGCGUGUUAUUGUCUGCACUUUACUUCGAAUCUUGACGCUGUAAUCCAGUAAUUCUAAACAGUUUUUAGCGUUGCUUCUCUGUGAAAUGUAGUGUAUAUAGUGAAAUGUAGUAUAUAUAGUGGAGGUGGCAGUACGACAACAAAGCCUGUGCCUGCUGCUCGGAGAGGGAGAAAGCCGAAAGAGCCGAGCGCUUCGGAUAAAUUGUAGAAUGUGCGGCGGUUGUUUCAAAUACAGUUCGGCAAUUUUGCGAGUGGAUGGAUAAGCUCGGAAAAUGUUUUUAUUGCGCCUACCAGAAAAGGAGAAACGUUACCAAAGUGGGCCGACCUACUGAAAAACGAACUUUUCGUUGUCCUCGAGGAAGGAUCGAGAAUCUUUCUCCACAAGAGUUUGCUCUCCUUGCGGAACAAAGGUUAGAAACUGCCCCGGGAUUCCCGUGAAACUGCACGGCGAUGCUUUCGCAAAUUAGAGAAGAACUGAACACGCCAACUGACAAUGAACAAUUAUUGCGACUGAAAAGAAUGAGUACGUCCCCUCAUUCCAAUCCACGUCUUGGUGAUUUAGCUCUGUAAAUCACUAUCUGUGAGAAUUUAAAAUCCUGCUAAAAACGCUAACGAGCUGGGCCCAGCGUGACAAAACAUUGCAGGAAAAAGUCACAUUCACGGACACAAAGAAAAUCGCUUAAAAUUAUUCAAAUCCAGGAGGCACUUUGGAGAAAUAAAACAACCUAAAACCCUUAAUCAGCCGCAAUGAAGAGCUUGACAUUUCUAAAGGGGCCAAGAAAGAAAAUGCUCUUGCAUCAGAGAGGAAAUUCAUGCUGACCAGAGAAAAUCAGUAUUCUCUAUUUUCCAAUUGCCCAUAAUACACUCUGUUUGCCCCCCAAAUUCUGCAUAAACCAUUGUUUUUAAAUGCUCCUGGCAGUAUUGUAUUUUCCCAAGAGCAUUUUAAGACAAUAAGUUAUGCAAAAUUUGGGGGGCAAACAGAGUGUAUUAUGGGCAAUUGGAAAAUAGUCAAUGCGUGUCACGACCUCUCAGUAUGAAAUAUAUUUAAUAAGCGGCCAAAACUCACAUUUGCUCAGUGAAAACGUUUUCCUCCAAAGCAAAAUCUACUCGACAGAGAAAACAAUUCAAUGGAACAAGAAGCAUUUUUGCAUGAGGUAAACUGAGUAGUGUGUUUCCUACCGAUGCCCCCUUUUUACCCAGGCGAGAUAACAAUGACGGUCGGCCGUUGCACGGAACUUGAAGAACUCUUUGCAUGAACAAACAUCUGAUAAAUGAGGCUUUUCUCAAAUCCUGUUGGUAGAACACGGAAAACAUCCUUUCCCCUGAGCAGCAACUCCAAAGCUUCCCUCUGCUCCGAUUUUAAAACAAAUCCCAAUUCUUUGCGAGCAAAUCCAGGCGAUCAAUAUCCGUCAUUUUACAGCGAAAGCUUCAGAAAUUCAUCAAGGUAGGGAAUAUCGCGAAUGACUUGUUGAAAACAUUACUUGACAGCUUGGUGACAGCUUGCAUCGAAAUUUAGCCAAUGGGAAUUACCCGUGGCUGGGAGAAGCGGGUAAUUCGAACGAAUAUCACGUAUGCAAAACGGACAGUCCGUAUUUUUAGCGUCUCUCCCCAGUCUCGCUCUCUGAUUUCAGCUUCGUUCCAGACUUUUGUUUGACUGCUCGCGCGUACUUGAAUACGCAAAAAUACGGACUGUUUUGCAGUCUACAACAGUACCAGGAUGUAAUGAAGAUGAUGGCUGAACAGCAGCAGAGGCACGAGCAGCAGCUACACAUCUUUCAAAUGCUUUUCCUGCAGCAGCAACAACAACAGAGUCAAAUGUUAAUGAGUUUACUUGAAAAAGUAAUGCCCAAAUCCUCAUAA